AUGGUAUCAAUAGUGCAACGUGCCAUAGUCAAUAGUGAAUUUAGCGAAACAGAAACAAUUAUUAAACGUGAAACUAAUGAUGAUUCCCUUGAUGUUAAUGAUGGCAUGGGAGGAGGUGCAACAGUUAUGGAUUUAGGUGUUAGUUCAACAAAUAAUAAUAAUAAUAAUAAUACUUUUGGAAGUAAUAAUGAAAUCUUAGAUUGUGUUGUUUGUGGUGAUCGAGCUACAGGUAAACAUUAUGGAGCAAUAUCAUGUGAUGGUUGUAAGGGAUUUUUUCGACGAACUGUACGAAAAAACCCUGUAUACGAAUGUCGACAUCAAAAUAAUUGUACAAUCGAUAAAGAUAAACGUAAUCAAUGUCGUCAUUGUCGAUGGAAAAAAUGUAUUAGAAUGGGCAUGAGAAGAGAUGCUGUACAAAAAGAAAGAGAUCGCCUUGGACGACAACGCAGUAAUAAUUGUAAUACUCGAGUGGUAACAAUAAAAUCAAUUGGACAUUUAAGUGAUAAUCUUGAUGACGAUGAAGAUGAUCUAAGUAUAAUGGCACUUUUAAGAGCCGAACAAACAGCUAAAGAAUAUAUUGGUCGACAAAUUCAACUUGAUCGACAUCCGUCCAAUACAGAACGUGUUCAAGCUACAUUAGAAACUAUAGGUAUAUCAAUGAAUUAUCAACUUCGUAGUUUAAUUGAAUGGGCAAAAGAUUUGAAAAGUUUUAUUGAACUAUCCGAUACAGAUAAAAUUGCUCUUUUACGUGGUCAUACAGGAGAAAAUCUUGUUUUGGGUCUUGCUUGCCGUUCAUUAAAUUGUGAUGAUUAUUUACUUUUGGGUAAUCAUUAUGUUAUACCACGAAAUACAUCUGAUCCUGGUUUAACUCGUGCAGCUGGUAGAAUUCUUGAUGAAAUUGUUAAACCAUUAAAAGAAAUUCAAUUAGAUGAAAAAGAAUAUGCUUGUUUAAAAGCUAUUGUUUUUUUUGAUAAUGAUAAUAAAUCACUAUCAGAUCCAAUGCGCGUAAAAGAAUUACGUAAACGUAUACAAGUUAAUCUUGAAACUUAUAUAAAUCAACAAAAACCAUUAAUGCGUGGACGUUUUGGAGAAUUAUUAUUAUUAAUGCCUCCAUUACAAAAUAUAGCUCGUCUUAUGGUUGAUCUAGUUGCACGUUAUAAUCAAGAUACAAAACAAGUUGAUGAUCUUAUUAAUGAAAUGCUUUUAAAUAGGUAUCGUGAUGAUUGUCAAGAGUCAAUUAUAUCCACUACGACUAAUACAAUACAUAUGAUAACUACUAACACAUCAUCACCAAAUCGUUCAAUUUCAAAAGAAAACGAUCUAGAUUCUAAUGGAUCCUCUCUUGAUACUGACCAAGAAGAUAAUGUAUCCCAGUCUCAAGAUAGUCAUCAUUAUCCUGAUCCAUCAUUAGCUACACUUGUUCCAAAUUCUGUUUUGGUUACAUCACAAACAAUAAAUAAUGAUAUUCAUAAUGUUUCAUUUAGUGGACAUGAUGAUUAUCUAUCAAGUGAUCUAUCCCAUAUUCAUUUACUUCAUACAAAUUCUAUAACUGAUCCAAAUUUAAAUCAUCAUAAUGCAACAUUAUUUAAUAAUACUGUUAAUAAUGAUCUUCAUGAUCAACAUCAUGGACAAGUUUUACAAUAUUUUACUGAUACAUCAAAUGAUCGAUUACUAUUUUUAAGACGUUCAAAAGCAAUAAAAACACCAUCAACAUCAUCAUCAUUAUCAUCAUCAUCAAAUAUUCCUACUAAUGAUCCGAAUGGUGAUAUUAAUUUUUUAUAUGAUCUCAUCACACCACCAGCAGUAAAUCGACAAACAAUAUCAUCACAAUUAAAUUAUACGAAUAAUUAUUUUGAAACCGAUUGGAAUGGACGAAUAUUAUUACCGACUACAACAACAACAUCGAAUAUAAUUGAUCAUGUUAAACAAGAUCACGGACAACAGAAAAUAAUACGAUGA